AUGCCCCAAUCGCAAUCUACAUUAGCUUCGUCUCCACCUUCUUCCAAGCUUUCUCACGGCUUGCGCCAGCAACUACACGCUGACCCACUUCCGGGUCAGCAACAACUUUACUCUGAUGCACUGUCGCAGGGUCUUUCCCAGCAACAACCGCGUGGACCCUUUGCAUCUAACGGCUCUACAGGAAUUUCACAAGCUGGACCUAUAAAUGGCUCUGCUAAUGGUUCUACUAAUAACAUUAACCUCAAUAACACCAACAAUAACAAUUCUGCUAUGCUUAAAAACCUUUCUCAUGUUCCUUGCAAGUUCUUUCGCCAGGGCCAAUGUCAAGCUGGUAAUGGUUGCCCGUUCUCUCACUCUAUCAGUUCCAUUGAGCCCGCUCCUUGCAAGUAUUUUCAAAAGGGAAACUGCAAGUUUGGUAUGAAGUGUGCACUUGCCCAUAUUCUCCCUGAUGGUCGUAUCCUCAACCCCAGAUCUCUCCAAGCUCCUGGCCAGCAAAAGCAACAACAGCAACAGCAACAGCAACAGCAACAGCAACAGCAGCAACAACAACAGCCGCAGCAACUACAGCUUCGAACUGGUAUGGGACUUUCAGACUCAUUCCAGCAACAGCAAAACUUUUACCAGCCCGAUUUAGGCCCUCCUAUUUCUAAUGUUAAUGUCGUGGCCUCGUCUGGUCCCACUACUUCUGCCACCAUCCGAAACAUUUACAUGUCGGCUGCCUCGAUUUACUCAGGCACCCCAGAAUACUCCCAAUCACUGGCCUCUACCUCCUCCUUGUCUUCGUCUUUUCAUCAACCAUCUUCAGACUUUGUUCAGCCGGUUGCACCAUCAACUCUUGGUGAAAAUGGCCCUGUAAUUGGUUCCGUACCCGUUAUGCACCAUCAUAAGUCUGCUUCUUUCGUAUCUACUGAUUAUAUUCACGCGUCUCAACCCCAGCUUGUGGCUCCUCAGCCAGUCUCAUCUUCUUUUACACCUGUAAUUCCUCAAAACCAACCUAUCAAUAACUCAUCUUCGCUUACCUCACCCUCAAUAGUUUUCCAACAACGCUCAUUUUCGACCACCGCUUACAUCCCUGCUACUUCUACCUCAUCAUCUGGAUUUGGCACCCCACCAACAUCCAUUUGGAAUAAAAAGGUCCAACCCUCUCCGUCGAUCUCUUCGCCUUUGAGGCCUAGCGCUAUGUCUAUGCUUAUAAACUCUGUUGCAAACGUCAAAAUUCAAGAUGGUGCUUCCUCCUCUUCCCCAAAUGCUAACGGUCAUUACAGUGCACUUUUACAUCAAGAUGUUAUUGCUGACAACGAGUGUGCCAUUGACGAUGGCGAUGGUGAUGGUCUGGAAGAUUUUGUUCCUUCAUCUUUGAGUGACUUACUUACUGACCAGGAACGUCGUCGUCGUGGCUCACGACCUUCAAGCACGAAUAACCCUCUUUUGUCUUCCUCGCCUCACCUUCUUCAUCCCCUUCACAAUUACAAUACACACUCAACUGACACCGGAUUUCCUUCGUGGACAACCACUUCACCUCGCCUUCUUGCUCAACACCAAGCUCGUCGAGCUCUUGAUGAUGAUUUGGCCGAUACCCCUCCCCCUGUAAAUGGUACGGGACACCACCUUCGUGCGUCUUUUUCACUUUCUAAUGGUGAGCGUCUUUCUGGUGUUAAUAUUUCUAACGGCAACCACCCAUCUGUUUCUUCAAAUUACCCGGCUCCAAUUGGUACCCCUGAGCGAGGUUCAGCCGCUGCCGGCUCUUACUUGAAUUCUUACAAGAGUGCUGUGGAGACUCAAGGUGUAGUAGGUGCUCUCCCCGCAAUUGGCACACCAGUUCAUAGUGGUUUGCGACCAGGUCGCUCUCCCAGCGGGCUUGUGCCACCCCAGGCUCCUGGGUUUGGGUCUGCAGGCAAGACCCAUCCAAACACAAGUCUGUUUGAUGAUGACAUCAACAAUACUCCUGAGGACGAGUUUGAUGAGACACAAUUUGCAAUGGACGAUGAAGUGGUAGACAAAUCUUCUUCUACUACUACAAGCACCACUUCUGCAAUGUUGAUGCGAAGCUAA